AUGGUCUUUGCGACCCUUUUCCAGACAGACUGUAGGGUGAAUUUUGGCCGAUCCUUGCGUCUCACGGCGCCUGCGCAAAAAAGAGUUUCGGGCGCGUAUAUCAUUCACAGUAAGGCGGCGCGCCGGCUAGCGCGCUCGCCUGCCGCUCGGCUCGGAGCUCCCACCUGUGACUGUCUUAGUGCUGGUUGUUUUUGUGAGGAAUCAAAGCGUGGUAGCGUGAAGCGUGCUGUAAAUAAGAUGCCUCAACGUGCUACGUCAUCGUCCAGCUUGAUGCGCCCCUUCGUGGUGCUGGCUCUGCCCGGAAUGUACUUGCUGUACAAGUAUAACCAAUACAGACAACAGCAAAUGGAGACCGCGCGGCGCCGCGUCACCGAGCGCGAGCUUAUGCACCUCAACACUAAAAUCGUGAAAAAUGUAAGUUAUCAUACGAGUAUAAGAGAUAAAUUGCCAAGA